AUCUUAAACAUGUGUUUGAUGGAUGUUUUCUCCUCUGUUGAUAACCCCCUUUGAAAGGGGGGAGAAGGCAAUCUUUUUCUGGAUUUCUUGGGCCUCAGCCCAAAAGGCUAGUAACUUUUUUUGUUUGAGUUUGUGAGUUUUGCUGUUCUCUUGGCUCUCCGCAUAAAGCGUGAGGGAAUGGGCUGAAAAUGCAACCCAAAGUAUUUAGGGAAGGGAAUAAUUUCCUGAGGUUCUGGAAUGAUCAGUGAAAAGACUGGGUUCUCAAAGUCCUUUGCAAACAGGAGGCAUCCCGGAUCUGUGGGAUGUGUGCUGUGUACUGCAUCCAGAGGCAGGAGCAUGGACAGAGGACUCUCAUAAUUCUCACCCCCAGCAGAUUCUGUUAACAGUCUCUAAAUAGUCCCUGAAUCACCCCGUGCCUCAGUUUCCCCAUCUGUAUCAGCUUGUUCCUCAGACAGGUGAUGAGGAUUGAGCAACAAGUGUGUGCAAGUUGUGAGUAAGGCGUGGUGAUGGUUUCCAGUGUUCUGGGUCAGUGUUCUCACCAUUACAUCCUUAUUAACUGUGAUUGGGGUUCUCCCUGGGACUCAUGGCUGGGCCACUGAGUACUGGCUUUUGCUAGUCCCACAGAAGCCAGGUCUGGAGCUCUUAAGAGCAAGGCAGCUGUCUCCCCUAUUCCAGCACUCCACUUUCUUCUGGAGGGCUCUAAUUCUUGCAGGAAUGGCAGACACUGGCACCAAACCCUUUUGCCUCCUGGCUCCUCUUAGGGGCAGCUUCCCGGCAGAAGUCCUUCUCUCUUCCCCCCGUGUAUCUACUCAUUUAAGGGUUUAUGUGAGACUCCUGGGUGACUUAUUGCUAUUCUUUCUCUUUUCCCCAGCCUCCAGACAUAGCCUCUAGACUCCACUAGAGCCCCAGAGGCCAGCUGCUCUGAGUUGAGCUUGGGCAGAACUAUUGACCUGGCCCAACAGGGAAAGAAGACUCAGCAGGAGUGGGGGUGGGGUGGAGAUCACCCGGAUGUUUUCCGCUGCCGCUGAGUGACCCUCAGGCUGCUGAUGCAACCAGUCCCUUACCAUAGGCCAGGGAGAAUGUCCUGAGUCAGCGCUUCCUAUAUGAGAAGAGGGAUUCUUUGCUGGAGCCCUGGAACAGGUCUCAGUGAGAGAAGUCAGUCUUGCGACGUGUUGCAAAGGGUGAGGGAUGCACCACUGUAGACGGUCUUGAAAUAUCAGGAACUCUCCAGCUCAGAGAUGGACUUUCUUUCUAUUGCACCACCAGAAGAGGAAGCUUUUAUAUUUGUAUUGAUUUCCGGGACUCCCUCUUGCUAGAACAAUUUCUCCGUUUAGAUAAUUAACGGGCCAAGUCUAUUGAUCUUAAUCAGGGGAGGCAGUGGCAUCUUGGCUGUGGACUGUCUCUUGCUUGCAGCCCUGAAGUCCUGGAAGUUCCAGAGUGCAGCAGGUGUCUUGCAGGGGUUUUUGGCUGCUGUUGACCAAGUUGAGAAUUGAAAGGUCAGGAAUCAAAGUUAUGGGGAUAUAAAAAUCCCUGUCCAGGGGCUGGCGAGGUUCCAGUGCCCACAGUCUGAUGCUAUCCAGCAUUCUUCACUGUCCCAAGGUUGUAAAUAAAACCAUUGCACAAUCCGCAGCCCAGAAUUCAAAGCUCUUAGCCCAGAAGCAGCUGGGCCUUGGAGGUGUUUGCUCGUGACCUUUUCUCUCACCACACCCUGGGGCUCCUGGGAGGAGCUGAGGUCUGAGCUGCCUGCCAGGAUGCUGCCUCUGUCAGUGCCGGCGUUCUGCUGCCUUCCUGGGUCCUGUCACAUCCUUCCUGCUCGACCAUUGGGUGCACAGGAUGGAAACUGCUCUCCCGUAUUUGGAAGACAGCGUGUGGCGUGGUUUCGUAGAGCUGUGGCUGGAGACUGAAGUGGCAGCCCCUUUCUCAGGCUUUCUGUAGCCAGUCUGUGUUGGAGGAAAGGGAAGCACUCCAUGCCCUGCAGGUCUGAGAAGAUGGAAGGACAAGUAGUAGGCGGGAUGUUCAGGCUCUUCCGCAACCGUCUGCCUCGACUCCGAGCAGGACCUCCCCAGGACAACCUGGGGGAAGAUGUAAAGGAACCAGAAAGAGCCCAGGAGCACUGUCUGCCCAACUUUGCUGGAGGGCAGCACUUCUUUGAAUACCUCCUUGUGGUUUCCCUCAAAAAAAAACGUUCAGGGGAUGAUUACGAGCCCACGAUCACCUACCAGUUUCCCAAGCGGGAGAACUUGCUUCGGGGCCAACAGGAGGAGGAGGAACGGCUGCUUGGAGCCAUCCCCUUGUUUUGCUUCCCAGAUGGGAAUGAGUGGGCACCACUCACUGAGUACCCCAGGGAGACCUUCUCCUUCGUCCUGACCAAUGUGGAUGGGAGCAGGAAGAUUGGAUACUGCAGGCGCCUCUUGCCCGCCGGCCGUGGCCCUCGCCUUCCCAAGGUGUACUGCAUCAUCAGCUGCAUCGGCUGCUUCGGCUUGUUCUCCAAGAUCCUGGAUGAAGUGGAGAAGAGGCAUCAGAUAUCCAUGGCAGUCAUCUACCCGUUCAUGCAAGGUCUCCGAGAGGCAGCCUUCCCUGCUCCUGGGAAGACUGUCACCCUCAAGAGCUUCAUCCCCGACUCGGGCACUGAGUUCAUCUCACUCACACGGCCCCUGGACUCCCACCUAGAACAUGUGGAUUUUAGUUCUCUGUUACACUGCCUCCGUUUCGAGCAGAUUCUUCAGAUCUUUGCCUCUGCAGUGCUGGAGAGAAAAAUCAUCUUCCUGGCAGAAGGUCUCAGCACCCUGUCUCAGUGCAUCCAUGCUGCGGCCGCGCUGCUCUACCCCUUCAGCUGGGCACAUACCUACAUUCCUGUUGUCCCUGAGAGCCUUCUGGCCACUGUCUGCUGCCCCACUCCCUUCAUGGUUGGAGUACAAAUGCGCUUUCUGCAGGAGGUUAUGGAGAGCCCCAUGGAAGAGGUCCUCUUGGUGAACCUUUGUCAAGGAACCUUCUUAAUGUCAGUUGGUGACGAAAAAGACAUCCUACCACCCAAACUUCAGGAGGACAUCCUAGACUCUCUUAGCCAGAGGAUCAAUGAGUUACAGACUUUGGAACAAAUCAACGAGCAUGUUUCAGGCCCUUUUGUGCAGUUCUUUGUCAAGACUGUGGGCCACUAUGCUUCCUACAUCAAGCGGGAUGCAAAUGGGCAAGGCCAUUUCCAAGAACGGGCCUUCUAUAAGGCUCUGCCCUCCAAGGCCAACCGGCGAUUCGUGAAGAAGUUUGUGAAGACACAGCUCUUCUCCCUUUUCAUCCAGGAAGCCGAGAAGAGCAAGAACCCUCCUGCAGGCUAUUUCCAACAGAAAAUACUUGAAUAUGAAGAACAGAAGAAACAGAAGAAACCAAGAGAAAAGACUGUGAAAUAAGAGCUGUGGUGAACAGGAGGGACUAAGACAUAUAGGCCAGUUUUGGACUUUGGCCCCUGCCAGCAUGGUAGGAUUGGUGAAGCUCUCAGCCCCCAGAAUCCACAGCCGCCUUCCGAGUCCUGGUAACCAGGUGUUGCUUCAAGCUGGUGUCUUGAGUUUGGGAUCCCUGGAAUCAGCUUUCUCAGGACUUUGGAAGGCUCUGAGCUCUGUGUUCACAGAGCUGGGCUCAAAGCUGCCAUUUUCUGCAGAGGUGACAUAGAGCAGGGAACAGUAGUACAGGUGUUGUAGAGACGUAGAAGUUGCUGUAACUGCCCUCUCCCAGGAACCACUAUUCCAAAAUCCUCAACAGAGAAAGCAGUUGUGGCCAAAGGCUCAGUCUCUCCACAUAAAGAAAGAGGUCUGUGGACAUGUGACAGUAACAAUAAAGAUGAAAAUCUUGUUGUUUGUA